UGACCUCAUGCGCGUUCGUUGGGUGAAGGCCAUUUAAAGCGUGCGCGAUUUAUCUCCAUAGGAAAUGCACGUGUACUAGAUCAAUUGCGCGUACGUUAGCUUGCAACUUCUACCGGCGUCUUGCUCAAUUGCUCCAGCAACCACCACCAACAUCAAUUCAAAUAUGGCUGUCCCUUCUUCAUAUUCCGACCUUGGAAAGGCUGCCAGGGAUAUCUUUGGCAAGGGAUUCGGCUUUGGAUUUGUAAAGCUGGAUGCUAAGACAACAACGAGCAAUAAUGUGGGCUUCACCGUGUCAUCAGCCUCAAAUAACGAUACAGGAAAGGUUGACGCCAGCCUUGAAACCAAGUAUUCAUGGAAAGAGUAUGGUCUAUCAUUCAAGGAGAAAUGGAACACAGACAAUACUCUAGCAACAGAAGUAACAAUUGAGGACCAGAUUGCACAGGGUGUCAAACUCACACUUGACACGAGUUUCUCACCACAGACCGGUAAGAAGAGUGGUCAGAUCAAGACCGCAUACAAGAGGGACUUUAUCAACAUCACCACAGACGUAGACUUUGACUUUGCAGGACCAACAGUACACAGUACCGGUGUAGUAGGGUAUGAGGGAUGGCUCGCCGGUUUCCAGGUUUCUUUCGACACAGCUGAAUCAAAACUGAAGAAGAGCAACUUUGCUCUUGGCUACAAGACAGCUGAUUUCCAACUUCACACAGCUGUGAACGAGGGAUCCGACUUCAGUGGCUCCAUCUACCAGAAGGUGAACGACAGCCUGCAGACAGCCAUCAACGUUGGCUGGGCUUCCACCACCAACCAAACCCGCUUUGCCCUGGGCGCCAAAUACGUGCUAGACUCUGAAGCCUCCCUGAAUGCCAAGGUCAGCAACACCAGCCAAGUUGGAAUCGGAUACACACAGACCCUCAGGCCAGGUAUGAAGAUCACUCUUUCAACCCUCAUCGAUGGAAAGAGCUUGAACCAAGGCGGACACAAACUAGGCUUGGGACUGGACCUUGAGGCGUAAUGUCGGGCCUACCUCGUCACUUUCGUUGAAUAUUUAACAAGACAGAUUGUUGUAUCUAAAGAGUGUAAGAAAAGAAUGAUCUAUGGUACCCCUUUGCAUGGGCAGGGAGUAGCAAGGUCACCAAUGCAAUGAAUAUAGUAACAAAAAGGCAAGGAAGGGAAUGGUAUGUUUGCAAUACAAGAAAGAAGGAGAAAAACAUUGUUUGCCCUCUCCUAAAUGGCAACCCCCCACUUUGAAAUGCCAAGUGGAAAUAUCUCAAACCUAACUUCCUCACCAACUCUCCUGCGGGGCUUUCGCACAUACUUCUUUACAUGGAAUUCAAAGGUGAUAAGGGUCACGCUAAAUUAUGUGCUAAAAAUGACCACAUUCUUGAUGUGUGUAUUUACUUACACUCCGUGGAGAUUGUAAAUGUGUGAUUGGAAUAACAUAGAGUAAAAUCUAUAUAUAUAUUAUGCUUAUAUGCACUGAAGAUUUGUUUAUACCUAGUAAUUUGAUACCUUAAUGAAAAUGUUUUAACUUCUAAUGUUUGAUGAAUUUGCACUGUGGUGCAAGUCAUUUCAUUAGAAUUUUAAACCACCAUAAAAAUAAAGAACCUAACUCUGAACCUCUUUCUAAUUGAUAAAUGAUAAUCUCUAUCUUAUAUGAUCUAACCCCUCUAUGUGGUAUAAUCCUGUUCUAGAAAUUGAUAAAAAGAAAAUAUAUCUAUUGUUAACAUGUGAGUGUUGACAUCUAUUUGUAUGUAGUAUUGGUAAAGGCUUUCUUUUGUAGUUUGAAGCUUUCUAAAUUUCCUUGUGUAUUAUAUAGUGAUAUUUUGUGGAAUUCAGAUUGGUCUGUGUUUGUCAUACACCAUUUCAAAAAUCCCUCCAUACUUGGCAGUGGGGUAUUGCAAAUUUCAGGAAGGAUUUGAAGAGGAAGAGUAACCAAUUAAACUUGGAAUAUGUACGUGUUACCAUGCACUGCUCCAUAUCUAUAUGUAUUUUUUCCAUAACGAGAGCUCUAGCUGAACUCGCUGCUAUGGUGGUUGUAUCUCUAACAAGCAGCCUCUUCUGUUAGAGGUCUUUAAAGAAAAGUGGGAGAUGUGCGACAUUUAACCCUGGAACGUGAUGUGUGUAUGCAACGCUUUAUUUACAGGAAAAACUGGUACAAGUGAUGUUAGUGAGAUGACCGACUUGACUUACCGACUGUUCGUGGGAAUAAAGUCUCUGAAUAAUUCAACCAA